CGCCAUUAAAUUUAAACAGUUUAGUAGUAUAUUAGUGUAAUUAAAGCUAAUCUAUUUAAUACAACUAAAUAAUACUAAUAAUAUUUUUAAAUAAUAAUAAUAAUUAUGGAUAGUAUUGAUCCUGAAAUAUAUAGCAAAAAAAAUAAUAUCCAUUAUUUAUUUGCAAUGGAGUCUAUUAAACAAUUAAACAUUGAUAAUAGAUCCUAUGAUUUGAUUGUCGACUUGGGCUGCGGUGACGGCGGUAUUACCAAACAUUUGUUUGGCAAACAUUUACCACAUAAACGGUUGAUCGGUAUCGAUGUGGUCGACGAUAUGAUAAGCUAUGCCCGCAAUCAUAAUAUGGAUGAUACUAUUGAAUAUGUUAUGCAAGACAUGAGCAUAGGUUGGCCAGAGAUAGCUAGUCCACGGGUUCGGCAAUUGGACGGUACGGUUGAUCUACUUAUAUCUAACUUUGCUCUACAAUAUAUGCCCGAUAAGUGUCAAGUGAUGAACACUUGUAGUCGCUUACUGUCCUCCACCACCACCACCACCACCACCAAUACGGGCGGUAUAUUUCAUGCAAAUAUCGCUAUUCUGCCCGAUCUUAACAAAAAAUUGGUUACAACUAAAGGCCCGCCGAAACAAUGGUAUCCGACAAUUGAUAAACAAAUCGCUGAUUGGAAACAAUCAAUAAUUGCUAAUCAAUUAGAUAUUAAACAACUAAUGACUAUUGAUUACGAUUGGACUAUAGAUAGGCAAACAAUGAUUGACUUUAUGCCAGUAAUCCAAUCAAACUAUCGGUCAUUUUUCAAAAAUCAAUCGGACUUUGAGGCCGAACUCAAUGACCACUUAUCGGACACACUGUUCGAUGCAUUUGUCAACCCGACGGCUCCGGACCCGAAACCCAAGGCUUGGCAACAGUUUAUAGCCGACACUACCGUUACGGAAGUUGUCGUUCAUUUUAUUACCAUAAGAGUAACGGCUAUUAAACAACAACAAAAAAAUAAAUUAAUUAAUUAAUUAAUUAACUAAUUAAUUA